AUGUUUGGAAAUAAUUCUGAAAAAGAAGAAAAUGAUAUUCCAAUAAAAAUUCGUCUUUGGUGUUUUCCUUUUAUUCAAAAUAAUAAUUGUCAAUUAGAAUUUAAAUUGAAACAAAUUGAUGAAAGAUAUUAUAAAAUGAAGAAGAAUCAAAUGAUGAAAAUUCAAAUAUUGGAGAACAACAAUUAUUAUUUUCUACAAAUUUUUGUAAUUGGUUUAGUGAAUGUAUUGAAAGGUUUUAUAUAA